AUGUCGACCGGUCUAAAUAUCCCUCAUACCGGGCUGUCUCUCCACCUCGGAGAUCAGUCCGGUGAUCCUUCUGUCAAGCCAAAUCAGAUCAUGCGGUUGAAUUUGGUGCAGAGCACCCUCGAUGAUCUGAUUGAGAGCCUACGGAAGGAUCAACCCGCUCGAGUCCGGCUGGGAAAGCACCCAUCACUUCACUAUGGGGGCAAGACUCAGACGUUCCAUGCCUAUCCCGAAACACACCGAUCUGAGAUCUACCAGAGCUCCUCCGAUAAAGAGACACUGUAUUUCACAGGGCUUCUAAGUCAUAGCCUGGAGGUUGAAAAGGCUAAAAAUGCCACAGCGGCUACCGAUCAGGCCCUGGCAGAUUUAGAGGAAAAACUGAAUGCUCAUGAGAGAGGGAAGGAGUCGAAGAAAACUCACAUAAUCUCACAUCCGGAUGAGUUGAAGGCUCUGCGAGGUAGCAAAGCAGGCUACAAAGGUCCCACCACCAAAGUUGAACUUGAGAAAGACCGUUUCCUCAAGACUGCUGCCAAUCGUUCUCUCACUGCAAGUCCGAUCCUGGGUGCUCCCAAGUCUCCUUCACUCGCAAUGACUCCAACAUCUGCUCCAAUGAUGCAGAGCAAAGAUCGUGCGAGGCUUGAGGCCCUCAAAACUCCCUUCAUUCACCUUCUCGCCGUCCGCGCCGUAUCGGCCAAGUUCCUUGCCCGUCAAACCCGCACUUCCGUCGAAGACUGCGUCGCCCUCGGUGAGAAAUUUGGGGUUGUGAACCGAAUCAACCCCGAGAAAUACAAUCUCAAGGAUAAAGUCUACAAGGAUCUCGAUUUGUUUGGCUUCAAUUACACCGAGGAGGACCGAAAGGAAGCCAUUGAGAAUUCUAUCUCUGCCUUCGACCGCAUGCGCAUCUCUCGAUCCGACAAACUUUGGCAAACACUUCUUCCAAAGGCUGAACGAGGCAAGGGAAAGUGUCUCUCGCGUUUGAACCUUCGUACUGGUCCCCCUCAGAAGCCUGUUGGCUCACUCGCAAAAGCCAGUGGGGAGGACUCGGGCAAGGACAAUGACACCGACCGCGCCACAAAGGGAUCUGCGCCUACCAAGACCACUGCGACCUCGCAGAAGGCUCGUGACAAGGACAUCACCAAACGACCCACCAAAACCAAGAAUACCAACAGCACCCUCACCGGACGAAUUACGAAGAAGACCGGUGGGAAGGCCCCAAUCAAAGUGGACAGCAAGAUCAAGUCUGCGGAAUUCGUUCACAGCUCAGACGAAGAUGAUGAUACCGACAUGCCUGAUAUUCCCCCUGCCGCCCCCGCUCCACCUCCUGCGGCUGCUCCUGCGCCUCCACCCAAGCAGCAACCAAAGGAACACAAGCGGACCCCAUCUAAUUCGAAGCCCCCACCACCGAAAAUCAAGGCACCAGCCAAGCCUCGCACCACCGAGACUACUUCAGUCUCAUCUGCGCCUAUUUCUAAAGCUAAACCUGAGGCAUCGAAGUCUAAGCUCGAAACACCUAAGCUCGAAUCAUCCAAACCAGUCCCCAAGGUUACAGCUUCCAAGCGUCCUCCCUCUCGACCCUCUACUUCGCCGCAGAAGCCGUCCCCACUCGGCUCCUCUCCCCCUGCCAAUGUUUCCGAUGCUACCAGUAGCGACCGCAGCCGAUCUGACAGCCAUAACCAAUCCUCUGGUUCAUCCUCAUCCUCACCUCUCAUCUCCCAACUGGCCAGAACCAACAAGGUGGGCCGUGUAGCCCCCGCUGCCGGCAAAACUGUCAAAGCUACUCCCAAAACCAACGGUAUCACAAAGGCCACCUCCGCUGCCCCCAACCCAUUGAAGCGCAAGGCCGAGUCGGAUCAAUUGUCUGCGCCCCCGGCCGGACGUCCUACUGGAAAUCUGGAGGCAAAGCGGCGCCGAGCGGUCAGCUCAUCCAGCGGCGGCAGCACCGGCAGUGCAUCUCCACCAAUGAGCUACGAGAUUCUGAGACAGCAGCUGCGGGAGAAGUCUCAGAAAUUUAAGAACUUCUACACCAAGUAUCGCAACUUGCAUGACUCCCUUGCAGCUCUCUCCAACCCGCCCCAGGUGGACCUUGACAAGCUGCAAAAGCAGCACACUCAUCUGCAGCGCAUGAAGAAAGAAAUUUGGGAAGAGGAUCGACAGCUUCGUGAAGGCCUUCAUUCGUAA